AUGCCUCAGGUUUAUCUGAUUCUUCUGCUUAUUGUUUCAACCAGACAAUCAGCAUUCUCUGCCAGCGUAGACGACUUACAUCGCCUUCGCAAUCACCUUUUCAACAACUACACCCCAGACGUAAGACCGUUACUAAACCAGUCACAACCUCUACUUAUGGAUGUAAAUUUCCAGUUCCAGAGGAUCCAUCGCAUUGACAACACUCAAAAUGAGUUCUCCAUCCGUGGGAUAUUGUCACUUGCCUGGAAGGACGAGUUUCUCGUGUGGAAAUCAGCAGAUUUUGGGGGUCUGAGACACUAUCAUCCAAAGAAGGGAGAUGUUUGGACUCCAAGCUUUCUCAAUGGAGACGGUAUUGAAGACCAAGAGGUUAUGGAGACAAUAACAAGGCGUGUGUUGUACAAAAACGGAUCAGUUGUGGUUCAUGUUCCUGGGUAUUUCUCAACCUUCUGUAAUUUUGACAUGACCUAUUUCCCGUUCGACAGUCAGACUUGUAACAUCAAACUGAAUUCCCUUGAUCAUUUUGCUGAAGAACUGGAAUUUCGUCCUGUUUCAAAACAAGUGACGACCAUUGGAAACUACAAGGAUGCUGAGUGGACUGUGGACUGGACUAUGCUGACAAGUGAUCAAAUCAAUAUUGCUCCUCAUCGCUACAGCAGAAUUAGUGUCAUGUUAAAGGUAGCCAGAAAACCUUUGUUUGCCAUCUUGAACAUCGUCAUUCCCAUCGUCACCAUCUCCGUCCUCAGCAUGAUGGUGUUCCUCGUCCCCGUGGAGUCUGGGGAGAAGUUGUCCUUCUCACUGUCAGCGUUGUUGUCACUGGCAGUCUUCAUGAGCUUCAUCAGUGAACAGAUUCCUGCAUCGUCGGAGAAACCACCACUGCUGGUCAUCUACCUGACGUCGAUGGUUCUGCUGAAUGCUCUGUCAGUCGCCAGCACAGUUCUCGUCUUGCUGUGCCAUCACCGAGGCUCUGUUGCCAAUGCAACCAGAGCAUGUGAUAGUUUAUCUAAGCCGAAUACUGCUAAUAUUGUGAUGAAGAAAUAUUCAUUGAGAAAACUCGUUUCCGUGAUCUGCUGUGGGAAAGAAGAGAAGUAUCUGUCAGCCAGCCGUGCCUUGAACAACACGCUACUUCUGCUGUUCAUGGGAGUUGCGAUUGGAGUUACUAUUACUACCAUUACACAAAUGACAAGUAAUACCGGAUGGUGA